AUGGCAGAGCAGGAGGGCUCAGGACUAACCCCAGGACAUCACAACAGCGAUGAGCUCCAAGGCAGUGGCCUCGAUGGAGGGCACUUUGGGCCCCCCGGUUCCGCCCAUUCCUUAUCCUCAGCCGUGACGCUUCCUUUAGUAGACGCUCUAUUCCAAUCACUCCGCGCCGCCGUAGAGGAGGUCUACAAUCUCAAAAGACUCCUCAUGGAGGUGGAUAACAGAAGUACUGGCAUAGAAUUGAAGUAUAAGCAUCUAGCGAACAAAGUCCGCUACUUAGAGCGAUGUUCGAUGAAUGCUACAGAGAAACUUCGUAGGGUCACACAGAAGAACAAAGAAUUGACUGCAGCCCUCAAAGGCGCUGUUCUAGAUAUAUAG